AGAUGUGAAGAUGGUGUUUAUGGAGCAGGAUGUAGUAAGAAAUGUUCAGAUAGAAAUUGUUCAGUAGAAACAUCACUAUGUAAUCAUAUCAGUGGUAGCUGUAUAGGUGGAUGUAAGGAAGGUUUUGGGGGAAUUGACUGUGUUAAAAGAUGUGAAGAUGGUGUUUAUGGAGCAGGAUGUAGUAAGAAAUGU